UGCCUCCUUCAGAGUUUGAUGUGUAGAGUAGAUCAACAAGUUUUCCAUCGUUGCAGCGAUGUCAUCUGCGGCGAAAAAAAUGAUUUGGAUUUAUGACCACCGCUUUCCAGCUACUGCACCGAGGAGUGUAUCGAUGCAUCUCCCAUUGAACUUCAAUGAAUUUCUACAAGAGCUCCGAAAUGACUUUAAUAUGGGUCCGAACGAGGUGUUUGAAUUGACCAUGCCAAACAGACAAUCCGUCACUUCUGACAGUUACGAUAGGCUUCAAAAUGGCAGCAUCCUGCUCUUGUACAAAAAUAGGACACAGGCUGAAGAAGUCACAGAGGAGCGAAUCAAUAUCCAGCCACAUUACGACACGUUGCUCAAGUCAGGCUUGCAUGAGUACUACGCCAGUGAAGGCAGGGACCCGCUACCAUACACUCUUGCAGAGUUGGUUGACAAUUCCCUCUCUGCCACCGCGAAGAAUGAUGGAGUGAGGUCCAUACAGAUACAAGUGCUGAAAGAUGACACCAUUGGGAAACCUGCUCUGAUCGUCCUGGAUAACGGCUGCGGAAUGACGUCGAAUCAGCUCCAUAACUGGGCCAUUUACAGGCAGUCCAAGUUCAACAGGGACCAGUCAGGUUCCACAAGUGAACAAGGAUCUUAUAUUCGGCCGGACAAGGUCCCCCGCAGCAUCAACAGUGACAUAUCGUACUUUGGUGUUGGAGGAAAACAGGCUGUGUUUUACUUUGGAGAGCAAGUGAGGAUGAUCAGCAAGUCUGAACGUUUCCCUGAAGUGAAUGAACUGGUUUUGUCCAAACAAGAGUUUGAGAGAAAACGAAAAGAGCAAAUGGAUGUGUACGAUGAAAUUAUAACAAAAAGACCGCUCGCGCACCCAGUUAACGUCAAACCUGAUGAGAAGUUUCUGCUCGACCUCAUUGCUGAGGAAGCUGGGAGAACAAGCUUCACAGCUGUUGUCAUCACACGACUACAUGGAAAGAUCAUUGAAACACUAGUGAAUGAUUUUGAUAACUGGACGACGGAGCUUGCUCACAUUUAUCAUUAUUACAUCCAUGGGUUGAAUGGAAACAACGGAAAGGCUGCAGAACCAUCAGAUCCCGUGAAGAAAGUAGACAUCGAGGUCAUUCUGCGUUUUAAGGCCCCCAAAUGUCCUCGGAGGGUAAAUCUCAGAGAUGUUGACAGAGACAUGCAGACGCUGUACAUCCAAUCUGCGGCGGCUCAGUUUGAGUUCAAGGCUUGCAUUGCUGACGCCGAGGUGGAGGGGCUCCUCCGCUACCACCCAUUCCUGUAUCACGAGGAGACGUACCCUCAGGCUCCUGCAGCUGGAAAUCAAGAGGAGGCUGCUGGUGCGGAUGACUUGAAGCAGGAAGCAAGAGGAAAGAGGCCCAUAUUUGAGUGCUACUGGAAUGGGCGUCUGAUUCCUUACACUACAAUAUCAGAACUUCCUUGGUGCGCCGAGUCCAAUAAAAGUGAAAAGGUGCCCUUCGAGUGUUAUGGUCGAUUCUCAGGUAUACUGUUCGCUAACGACCGAUUCCAAGUCACCAAUAACAAGCUCACCUUCACUGACCUGGAGCCCAAGCUGAAAACAGCCCUUUUCACGUGCAUAAAAAAUGGACAGGCUCGAAGAGACAUCAAGAAAGAGUUCACUGCCUGGUUAGAAAACUGCCACAAAACAUACGACAAGAAAUUCAGGUUUAUUGACUUUAUAGAAGUGACCUCAAGAGAAGAUCUCACACCCAAGGGACCAUGGUCAUCUUUCGCAGCCGUCGAGUGGGAUGGGAAAACGUACAAAAAAGGACAACUGGUGAAGUCCCUGAGAACCAAUCCACAUUACUACGGAACUGUGCUCAGGUUUCUGCUUGCUGGAGAACAUGGAAAUGUUUUUGCGGCGGGAGGUGUUGUUGAAGUGAUGCUGGAACCAAGAGGGCUCUAUGACCAAACCAAGACCAUCCCCAUUUCCAAAAUUGACCGCACAGCGGCAGAGGCAAGCAUCAGAGCCAUCAUCGCUAAUGAUGAGUUGAAGAUGCCUUCCACUCUAAAUCUGAGCUGGCAUGAAGGUCCCCCACUGACCCAGAACGCCAUCUUGCAAGUGGGGUGCAGCAUUGGACCGGUUCAAGUUCACAUCUUGAACCAGGCAGGAGAGCAGAUGGGGAGGAUGCCGUCGAUUGGCCAGAGAAGAGGGAACGGUUUCAGUGUUCGGCUCAAGUUAGUCUUUCAUGAUCCAAAAGGAGAUCCAAAACCUUAUGUCUGUGACGCUAAACUCACAAAAUGGGGCUUCUGGUUCAAUAAAAUUGAUGCUCGGCUCACACAAGGCGUUGGGAAGUACUCUCUGACCUUCCACAGUAUGUUAGAGGAUUCCACUGAGUUUGGGGGCAGGGAUCUCCCAAGCACCAAACUUGACUUCACUGUGACGGAGGGUUGCGCUGAGAGAUUCGAGGUGAGCCAACCCACCACCUCAGUCACCGUUGGCCAACUCUUCAACAUCAAUCUGGAAUUUAAAGAUGGCUAUGAUAAUCUUACCCUGCCUCCUCCUAAUGUGGAACCAGUCCUUGAUUCCAGGGGACUGACUCUGACCAUCGAAUCCAAGGAGUAUGGCAAAAAAAUGUUGACCCUCAUGGUGAUCGCAAAAGGAACAGUUGGCCUGAGUUAUGACCUCUGCGUGACGGUCCCUGGCUUAAAAAAGCCCUCACAGACCAUCAACAUCAGUCUUCUUCCUGGGGCUCCUCAUUGCCUCAGUGUGACACCCAGCAAUGACCCGCUUGAGGUAGAGAAUGGAACCAAGUUGACCAUUGAUUUUGAGAUUCAGGAUGUCGCCGGAAACGUCACAGCUAGGGAAGGGAUGAUCGUUCAAACCAUGAUUCCAACACUUCCACUGACGGUGACCGACUGCAGUCGCAAAGGGUUUGGGCAGCUGGUGACAAAGCCUAUAAAGAUGAAGCCGACAGAUGAUGCUGGACUUGUCGAAUUCAAUGUACCAGUCCCUUACAUUGCUAAAGUCACGAGGACCCUGCGUGUGCUCCCAAGCACCCAAGUGUCCAGAAUAGACAUCUUCAGCCAGGUGGAUGAGAAUUUAGUCCUGAAGGAUGGAGACGAGAUCCGGUGGCUGGUUGGAGGAUCCCUGGAGAGACUCUGCUACAAGUUGUUUGAUGAAGCAGGCAGAGAAGUUCCUCUUACUCCAGUGAUCGCCCGCUUAAUUAAGGUAACCUGGACUACAAACGUGGACCCUGAAGAACUGGCUCAUGGGAGGCUGCCUGACAUAAAAGUUCCUGCUCAGGUGCAAGAAACCAAGUUGUGCCAGGUGUUGUAUCAGGACCAGAAUGCCUGCAGUGUGUCUUUCACCAUCACUCCUUGUCCUGGUGAGCCAGUAAAGCUACGAGUAACGCUGCCUCGCAAGUCGGUGAGACUCGGGGAGACACUGCAGGGGAAGAUCUUCUUGACCCUUGUGGACCGGUUUGACAAUCCAACGCAGACGCUUACCUCCACUUGUACCGACCUCUUCAAGGUGGAGGCGGAGGGCCUCGAUGAGUCUGCACGGACUUGGUAUUGGGAGGAAAGCAACUAUUCGGUGUCAGUGACAGGGCUUCGAUUUCUGCCUGAAACCCUGGGGUCCAAAGAAAUCCGCUUCACCUACAAGGAUUUUGUGACAGAGGCUUUCAUCCAUGUCACUCCUGGAGUCCCUGCACUGUUGAAACUCAUCAUCCAGCCAGAGCAGCCUCUGCAGAUUUUAAAUGACCAUGGCAUCCCAACACCGUUCACCCUCCAAGUGUGUGACCAGUUAGGAAACGCCUGCACCCAGCAGAACAUGGUGGUGGAGUUGAGGUCUUUAUCCCCAGCGCUCAAAUUCAGCGACACUGACACGUCACAAGCAGUGGAUUCAGCCGGACGCGUGAAUUUCACUGUGAAACGCGUGAUGGCACCGAGGGGGAGCCACACACUGGAGUUCAGAGCACGCGUCAACUCCAGUUUUAUUCUUGGUCCAAAAGUUAACCUAACUGUGGUCCUGGAUCCAAGCAAACCUGCCAGCCUAAUGGUGGAGUACGAUCCUUCUGCUAGAUUUCAUGCUGGAGAGCGCUUCCCCGUGUUCUCUCUGAAGGUGCUAUCUGAAGACGGUGGUCCGAUGUCGAAAGGUCUCAUCAACUUGGGCGAUGUGUCCAUGUGGAUUUGGAGCGGGAUCAGCCCAUCACCACCUGACACGGCCAUUGAAAUGAACUGCGUGGAGUAUUCCAAUCAAGACGGUUUCUGCUUCAGAAACAAAGAGAUUCCAGAGCACAGUGGGAGACACACCAUCCAGUUUACCCUGCAGAAUGAGAAAGCUAAGCUGAUCGGUGAGCAGAUACCCAUCGACGUGCUGCCCAACCUGCCGUUCCAGCUGGGGAGCACUUCUCAGAUCAGGACUCCAGUCGUCUCCAACAUAACAGAGCGGACCUUGGUGCACAGUCUGAUCCUGAAAAUAAUGGAUUGCUAUGGGAACCCGACUGGGCAGGACCUGAAGGGAAGAGUGACUGUUGUGAUUAAAAGCUGUGGAUCCGCCAGUAGAGAGAACAUCCCAGAGUUGGACAGCAACACAAGUACAUUUGCACUGUCAAAUGGAAGUGUCUCCAUCCCAAGACUGGCCAUCAAGCAGCACAGCCGAGGUGACAAUGCCACCGAGUACAGCCUUGUCUUCAAACCUGAGGUCUCCAACGUCUUCCUGAAAGAGUUUCAGCUGAAGUUCCACUUUUACAACGAUGAAGACCAUCAACGGAAAAUGGCGGACCUGUCCAAGAAGAGAGAUGAGCUCACGGUGUGGAUAAAUAAUCAAAAGGAACAUCUCUCUGACCUCGACCAACUCACGGAAGCCUUAAAUAGCAGCUUGAAGACCUCGGUGUGCAGGGAGGCCAUAUGCAGAAGUGAAGUGACAAGGAGGAGAAUGCCACAAACUACUUCGAUACCAAGAGUCGUCUCCCUCCUCGAGGAGAAGAAGGCUGAAGAGCGGAGACUCUGGAACGCUCCCAGAAGACCCUGCUCCAUUCCCAAUCGAUUCACUGGGGAACAGGAUGUUUUGGGAACGGUUGGCCACCUGGCCUUUGUUCAAGAUGAUGAUGCAGCCAGAGUUAUUUCCUGGCACAUCAGUGGCGACUUGGACUGCGUUAUCACCCUGACAACGGCCGCGGGGAAGAAAAUCUAUGACUUAACAAAUGGGGAACAGCAGGUCAUGUCACUGGACAGUGUGUUUGUUUCACAAGGCAAGAGGCCGCUGCCACACAUACGGAAUGGUUCGCCCAUCUUUCCUGCGCAGGGAAAUCCGGUCCAUGCUAGAGAGCUUCUUAUAUACCAGAAAGACGCGAGGAGCUGUGAGCUGACGUUCAGAAACAUCCUGGGAGACACCAUUUUGAUGGACGACCUGGACUCGGCUCUACACUACAGAAGAGAAGUGGUGCAAAGGAAAAUGCCAUGUCCCACCAUUCUGACGCGGAAAGGGGACCGAGUGUCAGGUCGAGGCAAGUUCGGAGGGAGACAAAACAGAGCCCCGACUUCUGAUUUUCCAAUGUUUGGUGCUCCUCCACCCAGAGAGCACCAAGUCCUGCUGGAAGACAUAGAUGCGCUCAGCAAGUACCAAGAAGCUCUGGAGAAAAAGGAGGAGGCCCAAAAAGAGCAGGAGCGACACAUGGAAAAGAUGAACUCGGCUGAAAUGGCAAGCCUAAGGAAGGAAGUGGAAGAGAAGAGGAGGCAGGUGGAGGAGAUCAGCAGACAGCUGGCUUCAACUCGAAACCAACCAGCCAAACGGAGCAGCUUGGUCGUGGGUGAGCCCUUGGGUGUCAGCGGAAAGAGGCCGCGACCAACCACAUGAUCCUGGAUUCAUUUUGAUUUUAGCUACCGACAAUCCAAAAGUUGCUAUUUGAC